AUGCAGUCAGAAUAUGCAUCAUUGAUGAAUUAUGUUCUUCCAAGAACUCGUCACGGUGAUAUACAUGGUAUCAUUAAUGCUAUUGAUAGAUACGGAUGGACAAAAGGAUGGCUUAUGAAUAUUGGUGAUCGAAAAGGAGAAAUUCUAGAUAGUGCUAUUCAAUCACGAAGACCAAGAACGGUUUUAGAACUUGGUACUUUUCUUGGCUAUAGUUCAUUAAGAAUGGCAGCUCAAGUACCAAGAGGUACAAGAAUUAUCUCAAUUGAGAGAGAUCCAGAAGCAGCACAAGUAGCUCAUAUUAUUCAUAAACAUGCAGGUGUUGAAAAUCAAAUAAAAAUUAUAGUUGAUACAACAGAGAAUGCUAUUCCUCGAUUAAAAAGAAGAUUUCAUAUUCGUUCAUUUGAUUUUAUUUUCAUUGAUCAUGCUGGUUCACUUUAUUUACCUGAUUUUAAACUAUUAGAACGUCAUGGUUUAAUUAAAUCUGGAACAAUGAUUGUAGCUGAUAAUGUUAUUACUCCUGGUGCACCUGGUUAUUUACGUUAUGUUCGAAAUAAUCGAAAUUAUACAACACAAACAAUUGAUUCAACUAUUGAAUAUAACGAUGAUAUACCUGAUGCCGUUGAAAUAACAGUACGAAGAUAA